AUGUCUCCCCUCGCACGAAGCCCCAUCCUCUCCGCCCUCGCGCGAACAAAGUUCCAGCGCGCAGGCGUCCAACAAUUCAGAUCAUACGCAACGGCUCGCGUCCCAGCUGCUACGAACGGGCAGUCUGCUUGGGGAUCGCAUAUUAAGAAUGCAGGUGGUGUUGCGAUGAUGUAUUUCCCCGUCGUCGCUAUUGUUAUGUUUUGGCCGUAUGCCGUCCCACCUGUUAUGGAUUUUGUGGAGGCUAGACUUUGA